CUAAAUUGGUGGUGAUUUUUAUUUCUUCUCUCCCUAUAGCUCAGGGCUUCAGUGAACUUUUUUUUUUUUAAUGAUGCUUUGAACCAUGUGCGUGUGGAUUCACACUGAAGCUGCUUUUCAUAUUGCUUUGCUUCAGAGGUCUUGUUAAGGGGGGGUGUGUGUGUAUUUUGAUAUAUUUUUUGGGUCGGCACAAUGCUGUUCUCUCCCAAAUUUUCCCUGUCCAACAUCCAUGUGAAGCUGACUGCUAAAGGUUUACUCCGGAGCCUCCAGCUGCUAUCUGGCUUCAAGAAGAACACCGUGGUGUUUCGAGCAGUUGACAAAAGCAAGGCAAAGGGGAGCUCACGGAGCCAGCAGCAGGGCCACGCUAGCAGCCAUCCGGACCUGGUGCUACCGGAGACCAAGCUACGAGGAUUGGAGUACUACAAGGCUCUGUGUGAGAAAAAGAACCAAACCAUCCAGCAGCUGAAGAACAGCUUCGUUGCUAGCAACCGCAGAUUUGAGGCCAUCGCUGUUGUUGUGCAAACCCUUUACGUACAGCAUGAAGAAUCGGUGAAACGGCGCCAGGAGCGUUCUGUGGAGCUGCUCAACCUGCGUGAAGAACUCGUGAGCUCAGUGCAGUCAUGCAAGCUUCUGGAGAAGGAGAAGGAGGAGCUGCAUGUGGCCUUCGAUGGAGUGCUGAAGAAAGUGCAGGAGCAGCACCGCCUGGACCUGGCUGACCUGGAGGAACGCCUGAAAACAUUCUAUUCAACUGAGUGGGAGAAAAUCCACCAGUCCUAUCAGGAAGAAGCAGAGAAGUACAAAGCCCUGCUGGAGCAACAGCUGGAGGAAUUGAGAGCCAAACAUGAGGCUCUGCAGAAAGAACUGGAAGAAAGCCAUGAAGAGAAGGUUAAGGGCCUUAAACAGCACUAUGAAGAAUCUUUUGAAGAACUCAGAAAAUCUCAUGAGCAGGAGAUGCAAGCUCUGGUAAAAAUGCAAAAAGACUCUGAAGCAACGUUAUCUAAUCAAAUUGAGGAGCUCACUACAGCAAACAGCUACUUCAGUGAGAGGCUGAAAGCAGAGGAGGACCGAAGGAAAGAACUGGCUGACAAAUGCCAGGACUCUCACACCCUCUAUCUGGAGCAAGAGCUAGAAAGUCUGAAAGUGGUGCUGGACAUUAAGAACAAGCAGAUCCACCAACAAGACAAGAAACUGAUGCAAAUGGACAAACUGGUGGAGAAAAAUGUGAAGCUUGACGAAUGUCUUAAGAAAGUCCAGCAAGAAAAUGAAGAUCUAAAAGCCAGGAUGGACAGACAUGCUGCAUUAUCAAGGCAACUGUCCACAGAGCAGGCAGUCCUGCAGGAAUCACUUCAGAAGGAGACAAAAGUGAACAAGCGUCUCUCAAUGGAAAACGAGGAGCUGCUGUGGAAGCUACAGAACGGAGACCUGAGCAGUCCACGCAAGAUCUCUCCCUCUUCCCCCUCCAUGACUCUUCAGUCCCCUCGCCACUCAGGCCUUUUCUCCAGUCCCCCCGUUUCCCCCAGAUAACACUGGUCAUCAGCUUCCAGGAAGCAGCUUCUCAAACACUUUGCCGGGGACAGAGUUCUUGUCUACACUGAAGGCUAUAUUAGCUAUGUGGGUCCUGUCACCUGAAGGACAUUAAUCCAAAAUGGAUCUACUCUCAGGUGAACUUUGUACAGUUGAAAGACUAUUAAGACUGAUUAAAGGAUUGCACAGAAGCACUUAAUCAAUAAGGCCACCUUUUUGUACUUUGCCUUUCAUGUCUGAUUUUGAAGGAAAAAUACUUUAUCUCAGGGCUUGUAUAUAAUUUCUCUUUCUUUUUUUUUGAGCGCCUUCAUGCUUCAUCUGCGAAGGUUUGAGUUUGACUGGGGUGGUAAAAUGCUUUAUUUUUUAUGUCUUUUCUAUGCAUAUGAGUCAAAAUAACAUUAUGAUGGCAUUUGACAUGUUUUAAAAAAAAAAAAAAAAAGCGCUUUGCCACUAACAGCCUUUUACGAGGACCUGUAUUCCAUCACUACAAAAACAAAUUCCUAGGAUUACACUCAUAAAAACGUUGCACAUGCUACUUGACAGUUUAAAGAUAGGUAAUUCAUUUUCCCAUUAGAUUGUUCUCUUUACCCCACCUAUAUUUGAAUAGCAAAGUAUCAAAUAUUGAGGAAACACAGUUGUGUGUGUGUUUGUAUGUUUUUUGUUUGUUUGUUUUUUUAAACCAGCAGCAAAAUCAAGCAUUUUUGGCUGCAACAAUCACACAAAAAACUCCGCAAAAUCCUGCAGUUAUCUUUUAAAGACAAAAGAGUCCCAAAAACCUGAAGACUGAUGAACUGUGUAUUUGAUUUUUCAGAGAAUUAGCCAGUCCAUUUGCCUACUACUUCUAGGAAUGAAAAUCUCCUUUUUGUGUGUGUGUGUGUGUGUGUGUGUGUGUGUGUGUGUGUUUUAAAUAUGAAUACGGGUUUAGGAUCGUUAACUACUGUAGACCCCUGAUGAGAUACUGGUGUACUUUUUGUUCGUUCUCUUUUCCUUAACUAUUCUUUAUGACCAUGGGACCAACGUAUAUGACUGUUUGUGCAUGUUCAAGUGGCCUCAAGAGCAGCCCCCAGUGUUGAAACUCUCCUGUAGCUUUAAGGAUUGACUGUUUCACGUGUGAGAGUAUGGUUCGGUUGUGAGAGUGAAAGAAAUUAAGAGCUAACGUGGAACUUGGUUUUGUGUCGCUAAGAUAUUUGUGUGGAUAUUAAGUUUAUUGGUGUGAAGCAGAUUUUUUUUUUUUUUUAAAGAAAUAUGCAAUUAAUAAAGUCAUAUUAAAAUCA